GAUGCCAAGGAGACUGGAAUCGAACCAGAUUUUCGUGAGCGCCUCCACUGUCCCUGUCAACUAUCACACGCAAGACUACUAUAGGGUGAAAUAAAGGUCACAGCUCGAUUGCCAAAUCUGUUCAACGACCUUCAAUUGUCGUGAAGACAACAAAAGGUCUUGAAUGGCCUAGUGGUGCCGAUCGAGUAUGCCGAAGCCAUUGAGUGAGAUCACCUUUCCACAGUUCUACACUUGCCCACACCGACCACCUUUGUAACAAUGCAAGGUCUCUAGCUGUGGAUGGGGGGUGUUUUACCUAAAGGUCGACUAUAAGAAACUACAAUGGCAAGGGAUGCGACGGUUGGCGGAACGUUAGACUUAUUUCCUCCUUCAAAUCUCCAUCUCUAACAUCUCAACCUCCUUCACAUUGACAUGCGGACAUUCAAAUCAGCUACCACUUGUGAGCCACAGAAACCUCCGCAUGUUAUUAUAAGCGAAAACUUGGACCUUGAAACAGUCACAUCAAACGUCGAUUCAGCGUUGGUCUCAGCUACCAGUGAUGGGCCACAGAAUCCUUCGGAUACGAUUAUAGGCGAGGACUCGGACCUUCAAAUUGUCAGGAACGGUGUUAUCUGUCGUCAGCGGCAGCUCAUCGAAGGGACGGCCGAUGUCGUUCAGUCCAACACCUUGCGCGGAAGCUUUUCAUCGCCUAUUUGGCGCUUGCCAACUGAAAUUCUUUCGGAAAUCUUCCUUUACUGUUUGCCCGAAGACGAACAUUGGGUAUAUUCAUCAAAACUGGCUCCUUUGCUGUUGACUAGAAUAUGUCGCCGAUGGAGAGAUGUCGCUGUGGGCUUGCCCAGAUUAUGGUGCAGGCUGCAGUUGGAAGUCUGGCACAACACCUGGCAGGAGAGAGCUUACCCCCGCGAUGACUGGCAGACAAGAGCUUUUGGCUACGACUCCUGGCUCAAGCGAUCAGGAGCAUGUCCACUUUCGCUGAGACUCAAGUGUCGCACUGACUGGAGCAAGCUACAAAGUCUGCUCCAGCCAUAUAUUCAGCAAAUCUCAUCUCUCUCGCUUGACUUUCUAUCCUCCAUCGGCCCCUUUGUGAUGGAAGACUUCCACGCACUCAAGGAGCUCACUAUACGCCAAUACAUUCGUGAUCGUCCUGCGCGAGGGAUCAAUCGCUCUCUCUUAAAAUUGCCGGUCAAUCUGCGCAGGAUCAACAUGAAGGAUCUAUGGUUCGACCUGCAGGCAAUUAAAUUUCUUCACUGCUUCCGCAUGGGCCCGUCUCACACAUAUCGAGAUCGGCAUAGAUGGACUAGAUGCAUUCACCCGCAUACUCCGUCUAUGUCCCGAUCUCUGUUACCUGAAGAUGAUUGGAGUAUUCUACACUAUUCAGACUCCAGAAUCAGUCGUGCACACCAACCUUCAAUCCUUAUCCAUGUCUUGGAGCGUACUCUCGAACACAGACGAGGAUCUUGGCCUAUUCGAGGCUAUCACACUCCCUAACCUUCGCGUACUUGAAGCUCGUCAUACGGGGCGGUGGCCACGUGAAUCAUUUGUGGAAUUUUUGGCGCGGUCAGAAUAUCCCCUAAAGAGGCUGAUUUUCGACAAUUCAGUGUGGACAACAGCACGGGAACGAGCAGAAUACGCUACCCUUGUUCCUUCGUUCGAAGUAAUUGCAGAUCCUGAAAGCAACUUUAAUGUAGAUGAAGAAUAGAAGCACCAAUAUCUCCAAGCGACUUUUUUUGUUUAAACAGAUAUCGUUAGCUAUUGUAACCUAUUUCAUGAAAUGAAUGAAUCAUGAUGAUAUUG